AAUUUAUAAAAAAAAAAUCUAUUACUUACAAUUUGUGCUUAGUAUAAAAUCUAGAUGAUGAUGAGAGAAUUUGUAUCGGAAUGAUUGUUUAAUUCUCAAAAACAAUAUCAUUGCGUAAGUUAAGCUUCUGGGCGAGUGCAUGUAAGAACUAAAAACUGCAGAUCUGGUUUUAUAACGCUAUCCAGCUUUGCUCUAUCCACAGUUCCUCACAUUCUCACUCCUGACACCUUGAAGAAAAUGCGAGCGAAGCAAAUCCCAUCGACCUUGACAAGAUCCAAAUCCCCAAUCCUCCUCCUCUUCUUCGCCCUCUCUCUCGUCGCUCUCUCCUUCCUGUUCUUCCUUUCUUCUCCCUCCGAUCCCUCCUCCUCCUCCUCCUCCACCCAUCACUUCCCGCACCGGCAAAUCCGACCGCAAACCUCCUUCGUCGCUUCCCUCGAACACUUCCUUACACACAAAGCUUCCGACUACCAUCAGACUUCCGACGAUACAGUGGGUACGGUGCUCGAAGAUGACGUCAGGAGAGUCGACGAGAGAAAGUCCGCUAAGGAAAUGGAGUGGGUGUAUGGAGAUCCGUACUACCCGCUGAAUAUGCCGAUUAGGGUUUACGUGUACGAAAUGCCGACGAAGUUCACCUACGACUUACUUUGGUUGUUUCAAAAUACUUAUCGAGAAACUUCUAAUCUCACCUCCAACGGCAGCCCCGUUCACCGUUUAAUCGAACAGCAUUCUAUUGAUUAUUGGCUUUGGGCGGAUUUGAUUGCGCCGGAAUCCGAAAGGCUAUUGAAAAAUGUUGUGAGAGUUAAUAGGCAGGAGGAGGCGGAUUUAUUUUACGUGCCGUUCUUUACCACCAUUAGCUUUUUCUUGUUGGAGAAGCAACAAUGCAAGGCUUUAUAUAGGGAUGCCUUGAAAUGGGUGACAGAUCAGCCUGCAUGGAAACGAUCUGAAGGAAGGGAUCACAUAUUUCCCAUUCAUCAUCCAUGGUCCUUUAAGUCAGUUCGCAGAUAUGUGAAAAAUGCAAUAUGGCUUUUACCAGAUAUGGACUCCACUGGGAAUUGGUACAAGCCAGGGCAAGUUUCACUGGAGAAGGACCUCAUUCUCCCUUAUGUUCCGAAUGUUGAUUUAUGUGAUACAAAAUGCGUAUCAGAAAGUGAAUCAAAGAGAACCACACUGCUUUUCUUCCGUGGACGGCUUAAAAGAAAUGCUGGAGGAAAGAUACGUGCUAAACUUGUAGCAGAAUUAACAGGUGCCAAAGAUGUAGUGAUAGAGGAGGGAACCGCUGGGGAGGGAGGGAAAGCUGCCGCUCAGAAGGGGAUGCGCAGGUCUAUAUUUUGUUUAAGUCCAGCUGGUGACACUCCUUCCUCUGCUAGAUUGUUUGAUGCUAUUGUCAGUGGGUGUAUCCCUGUUAUUAUUAGUGAUGAAUUGGAACUUCCUUUUGAAGGAAUACUAGAUUAUAGACGGAUAGCUAUAUUUGUUUCUUCAAGUGAUGCUGUGCAACCUGGUUGGCUUCUAAGAUUUUUAAAAGGCAUUAGCUCUACUCAAAUUAGAGAAAUGAGGAUGAACCUUGUAAAGUACUCCAGGCAUUUCGUGUAUUCUAGUCCAGCUCAACCCUUGGGUCCAGAAGAUCUAGUUUGGAGAAUGAUUGCCGGUAAGUUGGUGAACAUCAAGCUUCAUACUCGGAGAUCACAGCGUGUCGUAAAAGAAUCAAGGAUUGUCUGCACUUGUGAUUGUAGGCGUGGCAACAUUACCAGUUCCAAUCCUUUGUCUGAUCGAUCUCGCUCUGAUUGAAGUUGCUGUGUGCAGGAAUCAUUCUUUAAACAUAUUAUAUAUAUAUAUAUAUAUAUAUAUAUAAGGCUGCCUCUAAAAACAUAUUAAUUAAUUUUAAUAUUUGUGAUUAAAUAUAGCUUCUACAUUUAUGCUGCUGUUAGAUUCAUGAAGAAUUCAUCCAAUCCAAAUUUGUUCUGUUUGAUAUUGAUUUUGCUGCAUAUCAUUUCGUGCAUGCGUAUUGCUUCCUCUAUCCAUUUCUUUCUGUUCCAUUCUUAUUUUUAUUACUUGUUUCUUGUGAUGGAAAUUAAAAUUAAUGGAAAAAAAGGGGGUGGAUCACUGAGUGCAAAUUAAAAAUUUGACUUAAAAGAAUCAUGAAAGUAGAAGUGGCAAUUGGGAGCCACUGGCAUUUUGGGUUCAUGUCAUUUUGGUUUGGGUUGUUUCAUAAUGGGAUCUUUUAGGAUUUGGGUCAUUUGAGGUUUCGAUCCUUUCGGGUUUGGAUUGGUCAAGACAUUUUUUAGAUUUUAUGUACACAAUGUAACUAUCAUAUAUUUUGAGUAUGGGUAAGUUUGAGUUCGGAUUUUUCAAGUUUGUAGUAUUUCGUUUUGGGUCAUUUUGGGUUUGAGUUUUCUGGGAUUAGGGUUUUUGACUUUUCUAGUCAAAUUAAAUUUAAGCGAGUUCUCGAGUAUUUUCG